AUGAGCUCCCCGGAUAAGGUGUCUGUGUGGGGAGCGGGUAUCAGCCCAGAGGGCGAGCAGCGGGGCGGCAUCCGCAGGGCAAGCCCCAGAGGCCUGCGGGGGGCCAGACGAGGCCUUAAUCUGAGGGCGCUUUGCAGCGGGGAGGGCGAGGGUGGGCUUCGUGUCCUGAUGGGCUUCGAGGCCGAGAGGGUAGUGAGGAGAGCAGGAGGGGCCAUGCUGCGGGGCCGAGAAACCCGACCCGGCUCGUCAACCGGUGACAGGAAGAAUGUUCUGGACUACGUGUCCCACUUGGAAGAGGCUGAAGAUUUCGCGGCCAUCGCGCGGACGGUGACCGACCGGGAUGCAUGGCGGGUCAGCAGAAACCCGUCCCCAGAGACCUGCGAUGCUCAGCCCUGGACAGAAGACCUGGCCGAGCUGCAUUCCGACUCCGAGUCAUUAUCGGAUGAGGUCACUGAGAUGCAGAUGAUGAGGGUGAGCAUUUACCGCAAAGCGGCAAGCCAAGCACAGCCCCGCUGCCCCGAGGAUGCCGGAGAUGCACCCAGACGUUCGAAUCCCCACAUCAGGGAGGACCUCCUUCACGUGCCAGGCUCUUUCCUGGGGGCCUCUACUCGGGGAUUCCCUUCAGCUACAGAAAGGCAGCCUGUUGGAGAAGAGCUUGAGAGCUCUUCACUCAAGAAAAUGCCAGGUGUGGUCUGGGGCAAGAGAGGGGGCAGGCCCACCUACUCAGGUGUUGCUGCUACUGCUUCAGGUGGCUUGCCCCGGGCCACUCCUAGAGGGAAGGUGCCCCAGGAGAAGAAAUCCCUGGGUUGUGUCUCACAAGUUGUCCUGGGGACAAAGCCCCCGGCCUUGCCAUCAUGGGGGCAGAGAGUCUCUGGAGGCCUUCCAGACCCAUCCACCUUACCUCCAAUCUCUGGUAUUCCACUGCUGGGGAAAGCCAAGAGAGACUCCUCGGUCCCUUUGGGACCCUGGCAGCCAAAACACAAUACUGGGAAGAAACCUGUGUCGAGCAGGACAAGGGAGUUGGAGCCAGUGGUCGAAGAGAACGACCCAAACAGAGAUCCAGUCCCAAAGGGCCAGCUUCUAUCAAGCAGGCCAGCGCUGUCUUGCCUGUCCGUGUAUCGUGGAGAAGGCAGCAGUGGAGAACCUAGCACCAGGGCUCCCCAGGUUCCAGGAAACUCACAGCCCUUGGCAUUGAACCAGGGAGCUGUCAGGCCCAGGGAGCCUGCACCCUCAGAUGACCAGGGGGCACCUGCCAGUCCUGCAAGACAGGAAAGGCAGCCGCAAACACCUGGAGAACAGGGCUGCCCUCAGUGUGUCCUGCUACAGAGAGAAAUAGACAGCCUUAAAAGUGAAGUUGCCCGCCUUAAAGAUGAACUUGGUAUGCGCAACCUCGCGGCCCUGCAGAGCCUCAGAGACAAGUUCCAGGCCCUUUGA